ACUGUUAGUCUCCUGUCAGUGUUUUCAGACAUGCCUGAGCCAGCCAAGUCGGCCCCGGCCCCGAAGAAGGGCUCCAAGAAGGCGGUGACCAAGGCGCAGAAGAAGGACGGCAAGAAGCGCAAGCGCAGCCGCAAGGAGAGCUACUCGGUGUACGUGUACAAGGUGCUGAAGCAGGUGCACCCCGACACCGGCAUCUCGUCCAAGGCCAUGGGCAUCAUGAACUCGUUCGUCAACGACAUCUUCGAGCGCAUCGCGGGCGAGGCGUCGCGCCUGGCGCAUUACAACAAGCGCUCGACCAUCACGUCGCGGGAGAUCCAGACGGCCGUGCGCCUGCUGCUGCCCGGGGAGCUGGCCAAGCACGCCGUGUCCGAGGGCACCAAGGCCGUCACCAAGUAUACCAGCUCCAAGUAGACGCGCUGCUGAGCGGCUUUGCCGCUGACCCCAAAGGCUCUUUUCAGAGCCACCCACUUUUUUUCGUGAAGAGCUGUAGUACUGAGUGCUACUGCAGGUUGCCAAAAGGCUGUGCAGACAUUGUGGGGAGGAAAUGUCUGCCUAGUAAGCAUCUCUUUUAACAAAGCACUGGUUUUUGAGUCACUCAUGUUGGGGAGAUACAAUAGGAUGUCUGAGGGCAGGAUAAAUUUACCUAAUAAAUGAAAGGGAUUGGAAGCGGAGCUUUAGAACAAAG